GCUGGCUCCAGUCAUACCAGAAAUAACUGCCUAGAAACUCGACACACAGGAAACUUAUCUCCCUCAAGGGGACGCUGUCCUAACCUCAAAUGCCCAUGGCGACACAGCCAUUUACCAGGAGAGGUCAUUUCACCCACGAUGGCAGGGGACACCUGCUGACACUAACCAAGAGGGCUCAGGGAACUGAGGGAUCGCCCGCUUCCAGACCUCGUAGAUUGCCGUGGCGAAGCUGCUGAUGCUGCGGUUCGCUGAGGCUUCCUUCCUGGAGGCCAGGCUCUGCGCCAAACACUAGGACUCCAACAUUUUAAGAACCUGCCGAGGGCAAGGAGGCACCUCACUGCUAAAGGGGUGGUAGAAGACUCCCGGGAUGUGACGGGAAAGCCUCCAGAGGGCGGGUCUCCGCUAUCCCAGAAUGCCGUGGAUCCCGGAAGUGCCCGGCUUCCCGGAAGUGCCGGACUGGCUGACAGAGCCCGGAUUAGUCAGUGCUGCAACUGAAGAGUUGCUGUUCUGGGGUGUGGGUGACUGCUGGAGGUCCAGGUGAGGAAAUUGGGGCGGGGGUGAGCUAGGGGCCGAGUGGCCAGAAGAUGGAGGAGGAGGAACUGGAGUUUGUGGAGGAGCUGGAAGCCGUGCUGCAGCUCACGCCCGAGGUGCAGCUAGCUAUCGAGCAGGUGUUUCCAAGUCAGGAUCCUCUAGAUCGAGCAGAUUUCAAUGCUGUUGAGUAUAUCAAUACCCUGUUCCCAACAGAGCAAUCUCUGGCAAAUAUAGAUGAAGUCGUGAACAAAAUUAGACUGAAAAUAAGGAGACUGGAUGACAAUAUUCGAACUGUUGUAAGAGGUCAGACAAAUGUGGGGCAGGACGGAAGGCAAGCACUUGAAGAAGCCCAGAAAGCUAUUCAGCAACUCUUUGGCAAAAUCAAAGAUAUCAAAGACAAAGCAGAAAAAUCAGAACAAAUGGUUAAAGAAAUAACCCGAGACAUUAAGCAGCUAGAUCAUGCCAAACGCCACCUGACCACCUCCAUCACAACACUGAACCACCUGCACAUGCUGGCAGGUGGCGUCGAUUCCCUCGAAGCCAUGACCAGGCGCAGACAGUAUGGAGAAGUUGCUAAUCUCCUUCAGGGUGUAAUGAAUGUUUUGGAACACUUCCAGAAGUAUAUGGGAAUUCCACAGAUCCGGCAGCUUUCUGAAAGAGUGAAGGCUGCACAGACUGAGUUAGGACAGCAAAUCCUGGCAGAUUUUGAAGAAGCAUUUCCUUCCCAGGGUACCAAGAGGCCAGGUGGACCCAGCAAUGUCCUGCGAGAUGCAUGCCUGGUUGCUAAUAUUUUGGAUCCCAGAAUCAAGCAGGAGAUUAUCAAAAAGUUUAUUAAACAGCAUCUGUCAGAGUAUCUAGUACUUUUUCAAGAAAACCAAGAUGUUGCCUGGCUGGACAAGAUUGACAGACGCUAUGCCUGGGUAAAACGCCAGCUUGUGGACUACGAGGAAAAAUAUGGCCGAAUGUUUCCACGUGAAUGGUACAUGACUGAGAGGAUUGCAGUAGAAUUUUGCCAUGUGACAAGGGCAGAACUUGCCAAGAUCAUGCGUGCCAGAGCUAAGGAAAUUGAGGUGAAAUUGCUUCUUUUUGCUAUUCAGAGAACAACUAACUUUGAAGGAUUUCUGGCAAAACGUUUCUCCGGCUGUACCCUGACCGAUGGAACUCUGAAAAAGCUGGAGUCUCCUCCGCCAUCUACCAAUCCCUUCCUGGAAGAUGAGCCAACGCCAGAGAUGGAGGAGCUGGCGAUAGAGAAGGGCGAGUUAGAUCAACCGAAGAAACCUAAAGCUCCAGAUAAUCCAUUUCAUGGCAUUGUUUCCAAGUGUUUUGAGCCUCAUCUCUAUGUGUAUAUUGAGUCCCAAGACAAAAACCUUGGAGAGCUGAUAGAUCGGUUUGUGGCUGAUUUCAAAACCCAGGGGCCACCAAAGCCCAACACUGAUGAAGGGGGCACUGUGCUCCCCAGCUGUGCUGACCUCUUUGUCUAUUACAAGAAGUGCAUGGUGCAGUGCUCACAACUCAGCACCGGGGAGCCAAUGAUUGCCCUGACCACCAUUUUCCAGAAGUACCUCCGAGAAUAUGCCUGGAAAAUCCUCUCUGGCAACCUGCCCAAAACCACCACCAGCAGUGGAGGGUUGACCAUCAGCAGCCUCCUCAAGGAAAAGGAGGGCUCCGAAGUGGCCAAGUUCACUCUUGAGGAGCUCAGCCUCAUCUGCAGCAUCCUGAGCACAGCAGAGUACUGUCUGGCCACUACCCAGCAGCUAGAAGAAAAACUCAAGGAAAAAGUUGAUGUAAGUCUCACAGAACGAAUCAAUCUCACAGGAGAAAUGGACACAUUCAGCACUGUCAUCUCCAGCAGCAUUCAGUUGUUGGUUCAAGACCUAGAUGCAGCCUGUGAUCCUGCACUGACUGCCAUGAGCAAGAUGCAGUGGCAGAAUGUGGAGCAUGUCGGUGACCAGAGCCCCUAUGUCACCUCUGUCAUUCUUCACAUUAAGCAGAAUGUCCCCAUCAUCCGUGACAACCUGGCUUCCACACGGAAAUACUUUACUCAGUUCUGCAUUAAAUUUGCAAACUCUUUCAUUCCCAAAUUCAUCACCCACCUCUUCAAGUGCAAGCCGAUCAGUAUGGUGGGAGCAGAACAGCUGCUGCUGGACACCCACUCCCUGAAGAUGGUCCUGCUCGACCUUCCUUCCAUUGGCUCGCAGGUGGUGAGGAAGGCACCUGCCAGCUACACUAAGAUUGUUGUGAAAGGCAUGACCCGGGCCGAGAUGAUCCUCAAGGUGGUGAUGGCCCCCCAUGAGCCCUUGGUGGUGUUUGUGGACAACUAUAUCAAGCUCCUUACAGACUGCAACCCAGAAACCUUCCAGAAGAUACUGGACAUGAAGGGGCUGAAGAGAAGUGAGCAGAGCAGCAUGCUGGAGCUCCUGCGCCAGAGGCUCCCUACCCCACCCUCAGGGGCAGAAGGUUCCAGCUCCCUGUCCCUGAUGGCACCCACCCCAGAACAGGAGUCCUCUCGAAUCCGAAAACUUGAAAAACUAAUUAAGAAGAGACUGUAGAAGCACAAGGAGCUCUCACUCCCUGAGACGCUCAGCACCCAGUUUCUGGAAGCCCUUGAUCACCCGUGUUAACCCCAUGACUCUCAAAUCCUCAGUCUUGAGACUUCCUGGGACACUGAGAUUGUUUUGCCCUCUUGCGCCCUGUCAUCUGUCGCCCCCCCCACCCAUCCCCCUCCUCAUCGAACUCAAGUUCCUGCAUUUGCAAGGCAGGAGGCAGAACCACUGAGCUAUAUCCCUGGCUCCCCUCAUGCUCUGUCUUAAUUCCUGUCCCAAUUGAGGAAACUGAUUUGGACGGAGUUAUAAAAAGGCAAUUUGCAUUAUCUCCCAUUCUAAGGGAGAGGCAGCCUCGAGUGAGAAGGCUCUGGUUCAGUCACUGUUUCCAGACUGCCCUUGACAGUGCAGUUGUCAUGGACUUACAUAGCCUCCCACGGCAGUCAUACCCUCUGGCUCAUGGGCCCUCCCCCCUACCACACGCUUGUACAGGUGGCUUGGGUGACAAAGCAUGGACCUUGCCCUUCCUCCCUUACUACUGUUUGGGGUUUUCCUCCCUGUAUCUGGGAUCGGGUGUCAGACCUGAGUGAUGAAGGAGCAGGUUGCAGGGCAGGACACCACCCUUUCUUAUGAAGGCAAUGGAAGCAUGUGCACUUUUCCAUGUAAAUCUGUUUUCUGUUAUGCAUUGUGCUCCUGGUACCUUUUAUGUGAUGGCCAAGUUUGCCUAUGUUCUCCCACUGCUUGGUGUUCUCUAGAGGAUAGAUGCCCUCUUUGUCCUCACCAGAGAGGACUGCAUGCACCAGGUGUUCACUCUCGGUAGCCUGUGUGGCACAGGCUCCUGAACUUGUGUGGAAGCCAACCCAGAUUUGACUUAGAGAUUUGGUUCUGCUUGGCACAGGCAAGGAUAGUGUCUGUACAUGUUCUCAGGGUUUGUGAGCAGAUCGUUUUCUCCAUUUCUUUAUUCCUUCUCUGCCCCUGAGUUCUAGAGAAGAGAUUGCCUUCUAAGUAGGGAAACCAGAAAGUUCUCUCAGAAAGCCUUUCCUAGGCUUUCUCUGCAGAUGAAGCCGUGAGAAGGAGUAGGAAGCCUACAUCAUCUGAUCAUCUUCCUGCUCAUUCAUUUCCAAGUCGAGAGUACUUUCCAGCCACCUGAAACAACAGAAAGUAAUGUGCGGUGCCAGAGUGGCACACUACUGGGCUGCUAACCAAAAAGAACCCAGUCCUUGGAUACCUAAGAGCAAAAUGUUGUCAUUACACCCCAAACUUAAAACUGGCACUGCCCAGAGCACACCCUGACCCCCAGCCUGCCUACCCCAACUACCACUGGCUCUUGGCAGCAGCACUCUGCAGAAAACUGGUCCGAGAGCUGCUUCAGUCCUUUCACAACAUCCUGCAUCCGGGGAACAGGUGACAUUUCAGGAGUCACCCCAGUUCAUUGGUCCAUUUAAACCAAGGCUCAGUUAACCAUGUCUGCACCCUCAGCAGGACUACUGUGAGUGACAGCUUUUGUUCAGGUAUUAUAUGUGCUCUCCAGGCAGGGAGAGUGCUGAGGAGGAAAGUGGAGCUCUCCACAGAAAAUGUACAUACCAGGCCUCUGAAUAAAAUUGAAAUAACAAGGGCUAGGGGUAUAGUUCAGGGCAGAGCACUUGCCUAGCAUUCUUGAAGCCCUGGGUUCCAUCCCCAGCACCACUCACCAAAAAAAAUAUCACAUAAUACUCAGAAGUGAGCUUUGAGGAUUGGAAGUUUUCAGAAAAAUCCAUAAAACCAGUGACAGUCAUAUAGUAGAACAACUGAAAAACUGACCAGGAACAUCAAUUAUUUGUCCCCAUCUGUUUUUCUAGUGUAGCCACUGUACUGUUCCCCUUGCGUUUUCCAUUGGCCUUCUCUGGCUUUGUCCAUCAGUCCCAGCUUUGAUCCCUCUGUGUGGGUGGGUGGGCGCAGCAUGCUAGGCAAGCACUGCCACUAAGCUACACCCACAGCCUCAGAUCCCCACUUGAUCAGCCUUCAGCAUGUUCUUGGUACUCAGUAGGGCUCUUAUGUAGUCAGCAUUUCAAAUUUGAGAACAGAGGGGAAAAAGUGGUGAAAGAAAGAGGCGUGGCCUUUAGUUGAGCUCUAUCAGGAAGAGACUCUGAAUUAGGCAAGGGCAGGAAGGGUGGGGAGGGGGUUGGAGCACAUCCUGGAUGCUAAAGGGAGGGAUUCCUGUGCUGUGGCCGUUGCUCCACUAUGGUUAUACAUCCUGCACUAAUUGAAAGGAAAGGGUGGUGGGCCUGUCUCCAAACAGCACAGCCAAUUCAGCCAUCUGUCAUCGACCUCAGGGAACUGGGAAAGCCAGUGAGACUCCUGCACCUGGUUCUUGUCACUCUUGGUGUUUACAGAUCUACACUUUUCUUUUUGGUUAGCUCAUGAGUUUCCUAGAUGUCUCCAUUAUGGCAUUGAGGUGUCAAGCUGCUGUUUUUCUCAGUUGGUGGUCACAGCCAGGGAAGUUGCUUUCUUGAUUUAUUACAUUGUCAGUAAUCCCCAAGGAGCCAACAUGUCAGUAGGAGUUAUGUUAAAUGUCUCACUGAUGGGGACUGAGUACUGUGUGUGCAUUCGGUAAAGAUGGUGCAUGUUUCUUACCUGGGGAGAUACAUCAAAAUUACUGGGUUUUUUUUUUUUUUUUUUAAUGCAGGUGCCAGGAGAUUUUGAGUCAGUAAGUCUACAGGGGAUCCUGGCAUAUAGGUUCAAAAGCUCUGCAGGUGAUUACAGUUGUCUGUCAAUGUCCAGAAAGAUCAGCUGCAGGACCUCCCAUGGAUACUAGAAUAUGAAGAUGUUCGAGUUCCUGAUAUAAAAUAAAAUAGUAUUUGCAUAUGUUCUCAGCACAUUCUCCUCUGUAAGUCAUCUCUAAACAACUUAUACUACUAAUACAAUGUAAUGCUACACACAUAGUUAUACUGUAUUAUGGAAUGGUGACAACAAAUAAUGUACAUAUUCAAUACAAAGCACAGUGACUUGCUUGUGAUGGAAUGCACAGAUAUAGAACCCACAGAUACAGAAGGCUGACUAUAUAAUGUUUAUUCUUUGUUAAGAAUCAUUCCAAUAAAGGGCUGGGGAUUUAGCUCAGUGGUUCUGCUGCCUGCCUCACAAGCACAAGGACCUGA